UGAGUUAGUCCAACUCGGCUCGCUUCCGCCCACCUAUUGAUGAUAACUCCGACCGAAAGAUUUGUGCGUGUUCCUCCGAUUCCCCCCUGGAAGAAGGCAGGAAGGAAACCCUAGGCCGACGCCUCAGCGUUCUUUUCCAUUCAAAUACCCAUCAAAACGUAUUUCUGUUGAUUUUUGCUUGUGCGCAAACACUUCUUGUCGGACACUAAGAGGGAAAAAAUUAACAGAGGAGAUUCCGAUAUAAGAUGUCAGGCCGAAAGGAGACCGUUUUAGAUUUGGCAAAGUUUGUUGACAAGGGGGUCCAGGUCAAGCUAACUGGAGGGAGACAAGUAACAGGAACUUUGAAAGGAUACGAUCAGCUGCUAAACUUGGUUCUUGAUGAAGCAAUAGAGUUCCUUAGAGAUCCUGAUGACCCACUGAAAACAACGGACCAAACCAGACGACUUGGCCUAAUAGUUUGUAGGGGAACUGCGGUAAUGCUUGUAUCGCCAACUGAUGGAACUGAUGAGAUUGCUAACCCCUUUCUUCAGCCAGAGGGGGCCUAAGCGGUUUGCUCAGCUAUUCUUCCUUGAACUAACCGCCAUGUAAUCAUAUAUUAUUUCAACAGUGUGCUUGCUUGUGUUGGUUUUGCUAUGCUAGGAAAGCUGGGUGAGAAUUUUAUUCAAUAUCCACACCUUUCAUUGUCUUGGAAUGUCAUAGGGAGGAUAAUGCUAAAGCUUGGAUGAACAUUUCCUUUUGGUAUUUCUUUUCUGUUGCUCUCUGUGCUUGAUGUUUCAAAAUAUGAGAAACCACUUAAAAUCA